UGUAAAUACUGUGAUAUUCAAAUACAAACAGGGUUAUUUUAUUCUUUGGUGAAAUUAGAGGCUUUAACUGCAAAUUCUCUCUUUCUUGGAACCAUUUUGUAAUUAAUGAGUAACAAGAUACAAAUGUUGUUAAGCAAAACAAAAAAAAACAGAAUCUCAACAGUUAUGUUCUUGUAUGCUUCAUGUAGAUCCAUCGCUUGUCGCUCUUACACAAUCAUCAAGCGUUCUUACACCAACCUCUCGAUUCAACACCUUAGCUCUCUUCUGCGCAAGAAUGAAUCAAAUCCUAGGAUCAUCCACCAGCUCCACUCUCACUUCACCACUGCUGGGCUUCUUCUCCUUCCCCAAGAACAAGACUCUAAGAAACUUCUCCUAUUUAAUCCUCUGCUUCGAUGCUAUUCUCUUGGCGAAACACCUCUUCGUGCUUACUUCCUCUACGUCCAACUCCAGCAGCUUCACUUCCUGUCUGAUCACAACAACAGACUUCCUCCUUUCGAUAGCUUCACUUACGUAUUUCUCCUUAAAGCGACUUCGAAUCCGCAAUUGGGGAUCGGACUCCAUGGUUUGACGCUAAAACUGGGUUUCGAGGUUCAUGUCUACGUGCAGACAGCUUUGGUCGGAAUGUACCUAGUUGCUGGAAACAGAGUCGACGCUUACAAAGUGUUCGACGAAAUGCCUGAGAGAAGUUCUGUAACGUGGAAUGUGAUGAUCACUGGCCUGACUAACUUGGGAGAGUUCGAGAAAGCUCUUGGCUUGUUAGAGAAGAUGCAUAAUCGAACAGUAGUGUCUUGGACCACUCUCAUUGACGGCUAUGCACGUGUGAAUAAACCCAAGGAAGCUAUACUCUUGUUCUGGAGAAUGGUCGCUUGUGAUGCAAUCAAGCCAAACGAGAUCACCGUUCUCGCGAUUCUUCCAGCUGUUUGGAGCUUUGGAGAUCUGAGAAUGUUGGGGUCGGUCCAUGGUUACGUUGUGAAAACAGGGUUUGUUCCAUGCGACAUCCGUGUGACGAACUCUCUCAUCUACGCUUAUGCAAAGUGUGGGUGUAUCCAAAGCUCGUUGAAGUUUUUCACGGAGGUUCCAAAGGAUAGAAAGAAUCUUGUAUCGUGGACAACGAUGAUCUCUGCCUUUUCAAUGCACGGAAUGGGCAAAGAAGCUGUCAGUAUGUUCAAAGACAUGGAGAGGUUGGGAUUAAAACCGAACAGAGUGACCAUGAUCAGUGUUUUAAACGCUUGCAGCCACGGAGGCUUAGCGGAAGAAGAGUUUCUAGCGUUUUUCAACAAGAUGGUAAGCAAGUACAAGAUAACGCCGGAUGUGAAACACUAUGGAUGUCUAGUAGAUAUGCUGAGAAGAAAAGGAAGAUUAGAAGAAGCGGAGAGGAUCGCUUUGGAGAUUCCGUCUGACCAAAAGGCAGUGGUUUGGAGAAUGCUGCUUGGAGCUUGUAGCGUUUAUGAUGAUCCUGAGAUAGCGGAGAGGGUUACUAAGAAGCUGAUGGAGUUAGAGAGAAGCCAUGGAGGUGACUAUGUGCUUAUGUCUAACAUCUUUUGUGGUACUGGAAGAUUCGCAGAUGCUCAGAGGUUUCGGAAACUGAUGGACGUUAGAGGUGUAGCUAAACUUCCAGGGCAUUCACAGUUGACAUAGCAGAACUUAUAAGUGUCUUUGUAAUUAAGACACAAACGUUCCUCGGCCCAUGCUAAAAAGUCAGACGGUGGUGAUCACAUAUCAAUCCAACGAUGGUGAUCACGUUUUAAUCCAACAAACCGAGCGGUGUUUUUACCAAAACUCUUCCGACUCAUUUUGUUUACUCCAUCCCCACGUGAAAAGCAAACUUCUUUUAGUUAAAACCACCGACCGUUAAUAUUUACCCACGUGUCACCUCUCCGUCGUUCAUCCAGUACCAUAGCGCCACGUCAUUUAUAAUGACAAACGUGUUUAUCAGUGGCGAAACUAAGCCUGAGCCUCGUCUUGUUGAUUCUUAUCGGUCUCGUCGCGAUCGCCUCCGCAGCAGUUAUCUUCGAGGAGCGCU